AUCAACCGGUUAGUUUACGUUCAGUGGACACUCGGUAUGCACGAUUGUGAGAAAUAAAUCUGUAUCAAAACAAAUCAUAUCUCCGUAGACUUUUGAUAUUAAUACAAUUAAGUAAUUAGACUAUUUAGAUACAGGUACUUUUAAGUGGGAAAAAUAGACAAUCCGUGAUAAGAUAACAAUCAGUUGGUGUGGUGUGAUAAUUUUGGUGCCAGUUAUUUUUUCGUAAACAAUCUCGGAGGUUUACUACAUUUAAAAAUGACGAGUGAUCCUUAUUACCAUUUUGGCCAUUUGCUACUGGAAAGCCUGAAAGAAAGACCCGAUGAUAUUUGUCAGAUCGACGCGGCAACAGGCGAACAAGAGACCAACCUCUCGGUCCUAAAGCGCACCAUCCGCCUGGUCCGUUACCUGCGGCGCCUGCGCCUGCGCCCGGGGGCGGUGGCGGCGCUCGGGGGCGCCAACCAUCUGGACAUCCACGUGCCGUUGUACGCGGCCCUGCUUACUGGCAUGCCUGUCGCUGCGUUGGAUCCUACUUAUAAGUUCGAUGAGAUGAAAGCAUCAUUCAAGCUCACAAAACCGAAGAUUCUGUUCAUCGAUCACUACAUGUACGAAGAUGCGUCAAGAGCCAUCCAGGAACUAGGGCUGGACACCAGAAUCAUCACCUUCGAUGAAGGAGAAUGCACCCUGAAGGAUGUACUGGACAGCGAGGAGGAUGAAGACGUUGAUACUUUUCAGCCAGAAAAGUUCGAGGCAGACAAAGUCUUUCUAUGGCUCAUGAGCACCAGCGGAACCACCGGUGUCCUGAAAUAUGCAGCCUUCGACCAUCUCAGCAUCCUGAAAAUCGUACUGAUAUACAAAAAAAUGUUACUAGUGAAGAAAUCAGACAAGCAGGCGAUAAUUCUGAACUUGUCUCCGGCUCAAUGGAUCACGGGGUCGUUCAAUGCGGUCCUGCCCCCAGUCCUGCACGCCGUGAAGUUGCAGACCUCAGCCGCUGCCACUGUUGAGCACGUCAUCGAUAUCAUUAAUAGAUACAAGCCCACAACCACGAUGAUAUCGCCGUCGCUGGCCUCCCAGAUCCUAAAGAGUGGGACGCCGUGCGACCUGUCCUGCUUCCAGCACGUCACGCUGACGGGCAGCAAGGUGCGGCCCGAACUACUCACGGCUUUCAGGGCCAGGGUAUGUAACGGCGUGGUGGCGGAGGCCUACGGGCAGACGGAGACCAUCGGCGGCUGUCUCAAGCUGGAGCCGGAGGGGCCGCUCGGCAACUGCGGCUCCCCGUCUCCCCUGCAUCAGGUCAAGUUGGUUGAUCCGGACACUGAAGAGGAAAUAACAGAGCCAAACAAACCAGGAGAGAUGUGGGUGAAGGGUCCAAGAUUUGUGGAAUACUACAACAUGCCUGAAGAAACUGCGAAGGUUUUCAGUAAGGACGGCUACAUCAAAACUGGGGACCUUUUGUACCGGGAUGAAAACAACUAUUUCUACUAUGUCGAGAGAAUAAAAAUGCUUAUCAAAUAUAAAAACUAUCAUGUGGUCCCUCUGGAGCUAGAAGCCGUAAUCCAGAAGGUGGCAGGCGUGGAGGCGGCGGCGGUCACAAGCGUGGCGGACCCGGAGUGUGGGGAGCUGCCAGCCGCCGUCGUCGUCAGGGCUCCGGGGGCUGACGUCACUGCGCAGCAAGUCAAGGAUGCUGUAGCCAACGAGCUGAGCGACAGCAAGCGGCUGCGAGGCGGCGUGGUGUUCGUGGACGCCCUGCCCUACACCUCCACCGGCAAGGUGGCCCGGGCGAAGCUGCGGGAGCUGGUCAAGACUGGCCAUAGAGAGUAAUCCGUAGAAUAAGGAGUCAGUGCUCUCCGAUUUUAUUGUAUUAUUUAAUUUAAAACUUAUAAAUAACAUUUCUUCAUUAAUUAAGUAAGUAAAUAUAAUAUAUUUUUAUAUUAUCCC